CUCUCUCUCUCUGACAUGGCGGCGGGCGGCGAGCAGGCGCCGGAGCCCGGUCCCCCCGGUCAGCCCGGACCCCGCGGACCCCCCGGUCCCCCCGGUCAGCCCGGUCCCCCCGGUCAGCCCGGACCCCGCGGACCCCCCGGUCAGCCCGGACCCCCCGGUCAGCCCGGACCCCGCGGACCCCCCGGUCCCCCCGGUCAGCCCGGACCCCCCGGUCCCCCCGGUCAGCCCGGACCCCGCGGUCCCCCCGGUCCCCAGGCGCCGGCCUUCGUCAGCCUGGCCCCGGAGCCCGGUCCCCCCGGUCCGCGGCGCCGCCGGCGGCUCAACAGGAACAAGAAGAAGAACUGGACCAAGCACAGCGAUGUGAGGGAGGUGGAGGAGUUCCUGGAGGACGUGCGGCUCCAGGAGCGGACGGUGGGAGGUCUUGUGUCUGAAAAGACCGAUGAGAGCCUGUACUUCGUUGACACAGGAGAUGAAAAGAAAGACCUGAUCCACAAUAAAGGAAAGUUGAAGCCCCUGUGGGUUGACCUCGUUCUACAAUCAGACUCCAAAGUAGCUGUUCCCAAAGAUAUUUUAGCACAUCAGAUUCCCAACAGCCGGAAGCUAAGAAAGAAAGCAGAACAGGAGAAGCGUUUUGGAAUUGUCCGUCGGAAGGAGCGGCUGCUGUACGCCAGGCUGAAGAAACCUGCAGUGAUAACAAAGCCCAGUCCCAACAACGACCCCACCCGAGGCUUCUAUGACCUUUGGUCAAACACAAAUCCUCUUGACAAAGAGCUUGAAGGCAAAGAGGAAUGGUUCCUGGAACAGACCAAGAGGAAAAGGCAAAAGCGCCCAGAGAAAAUGAACCAGAAACCCUCGCAAAUGUCUGCGAUAGAAGUGAUUGCCCCAGGAGGUUCAUACAAUCCCACAUUUGAAUCUCAUCAGGCUCUGCUCCUUGCUGCACAUGAAGUGGAAGUUAAGAAGCUGAGAGCUGAGGAGAAAAUUAAUCGUCAGGUAUCUUUACCACCUUCGGCUGAACUUGCAACGAAGGAAACUGUGCUCCAGGAACUGUGCCAGGGUCUGUUAGAGGAUUCGGAAGGUGAGGAACAAGAGGGAGCUGCACCAGCCAGUGGCGACACGGAGACAGGAGAUGGGCACGUGUGGAAUGCCACCUCUUCUGAGAAGAAAACCGAAAGGGAUCGGAAAAGGGAAAAACUGCUCAAAAUACAGGAGCUGAAGCUAAAGGAGCAAAAGCGGGCACAGGAGAAGCAGCAGCAGCUGUUCCGUCUCCGCUCCAUCAAGGGGGAGGUGAGGCAGCUGGAGCUCGAGCUGGCAGAGCGGAAAGUCAGGCGCGCGGAGAAGCGGAAAGCAGAAGACAGCAAGCCUCGAAGGCUAGGCCGGUUGAAGUACGAGGACCCUGACCUCGAAGUGAAACUCAGUGAUGAACUUGCUGGUUCACUCCGGGCUUUGAAGCCAGAGGGCAGCAUCCUUGCUGAUCGCUUUAAGAGCUUACAGAAGAGAAAUCUGAUCGAACCCAGAGAAAGAGCGAAGUUCAAGAGGAAGUUCAAGCUAAAAUACGUUGAGAAGAGGGCGUUCCGAGAAGUUACAUUGUAGCUUCUGGAAAGGAAGAGAAUCCUGUGGCUGGAAUUGAUAGUAAAUAUAUUUUUCUUGUCUGCCAAUAAAAUGUCAGAGACUUUUUUUACUAAGCACUGAA